AUGUGCAAACAAUCGGCAUUUCAGCUACAUUUAUUUUAACGAGAAAACUAUCGCAAUGCCUUCGAGUUUAGUUGACCUGCGGCCGGACCGUCGUCUAUUGGACCACGAGUUCGAAGGUUACAAGCUUAACCUGCAGGCGUUGCCUCACUACAGCCACGAGCUAACGACGCGCGUAGACCGUGUAUUCCCCGACGACGUCCAGUACUCUUUCAUUCACGCGAAGCUCUUCGCACUUCAUAACCACCUGGUAGCGGAUAAGUGGGAUUACACGCACAGCUUCUACUACAUAGAUGAGAAACAGCAAGUUAGGCAUAUCAGUUUCGAUAACGCUAAUCUAACGUUUCAAAACACCGUUGUUUACGAUGUUCCGGCUCAUGUGGAGCGGAAAUCUGGUCAUUUUAACCUGUGCCUGUCGUUCCCCUCGAGUACUUUGGCUUUGGUGAGUGACGGGACAGGGUACUUGCAUAUAGUUGACACGCGCGCUCGCAGCAGACCAUCCGAACGUAAUGCACAAUGGCAAACGCAGCAAUCAAGUCUCAUCUUGGGCGAAGAUAAAUAUUUCAUAAUUGUAGACUCCAGAAUUGUAGAGAAAAACAAUACGGAAAUCUUACACUGUCUCUUACAGUCUGUAAAGCAGAAUGAGGCUCAGUUUGACUCUGUUUUGACAUGGGUCACUUUUAAGUUUGACAUGGAUAACUCAACCUGGAAUCAAAUGAGCUUUAGACAAGUGCAAGGCAAAGGCAUUGUACAUUAUGCCGCGUUGGAGAGUUUGUGUUCGGCUAUCUACGUAGCUUCAGAUCAUCUAUUCAAAUUUACAAAAGACUCUGAAAAGGAAAUAGUAGAAAAAAAGGAAGAGAUCAAAACAAUAUUGUACACUUGGCUGCAAACAUCAGAAGAUAUAACUAUUACGUUGAAAUUGGAAGAUAAUUUUGACAAGAAGCUUUUCCGAGUAGAUGUUGGUCCGUUGGAAGUUAAAAUAAGCUAUGGGGGUAAAGAGUUUGUGAGUGGGCGGCUAUGGAACAGAGUGGACAGCGAGUUGACUACCUGGAAUGUACAAGACAAUGGGCAAGUUAAUGUAUUGUUGACAAAGUCUGACAGCAUGUUGUGGGACAACCUCAUUGAGGGUGGUGAUAAUAAGGGUGAACAGAUUAUGGACGAGAGUCUGAUCGAGGAGGCACAUCGCAGACUGUCACAUCUGUGCUCCGAGACGGAGGUGACAUCUGUUGAACAGUCUGCUCCAGGGCUCUCCACACAAGAGUUGGAGGAGUGUGAUGCAGCAUCCGAGGAGGACACAGUGCUAGUUCGCUUAGACACCAACCACGAGACCACCCACCGCGUGCCGCUGAGCGUUAACCGCUACCUGUUCAGCCUCACCAUCGACCCGCAACAGUCGCCCGCCAUCGUCCUGCGCCACGACGUGGACGCCUGCAUCUGGCAACCUUACCCUACCGACAACCGACCCUUUCUCAUCCACGAGGGAACUCUAAUGGCCUUCGGAUACAUACAGUCUUCCAAAACGAAUAGGAAAUUCAUCACUUGCCCUCCUAACUUAUCUUAUGGGGUUGUAUGCGAGAGCUCGAGGCAUAUUUUCGUGUAUCAGCAUAGGAAUAGUGGGCAGUUGAGGAAUAGGAGUGGGGGGGUGAAUAGGUUGGUGAAAGUGGGGCAGCAGAACGUGUUUAACGUGGAGAGGUUCGGUGAGGUGGUGGGGAUAGAGGCGACGAAUGAUUAUUUGUUUGUUUUGACUGAGAGUUCUUUGGUGGCCAUUGGUAUUCAGUAGGGCUUAAAUACCGGAAUUUCGUGAUCCUGGAAUACGGAUCGAUGUUUACGAUAUCUAUUGAGAUAUCGUAAACAUCGAUCCGUAAUUCAGGAUCACGGACCGGAAUUAUAAGAGGAUCAAGAUCGUAAUUCCGGUAUUGAACUAUUUUAGUUUCUUUUUGUAAAAAUUAUGAUGGAAUUAAGUAAGAAAUAUGAAGAAGACGAUUGUUGGUAUACAGGCAUAUAGUACGAUAUAUCGACCACAUGUCAUAUAUGUCAAUAAAAUUUCAACUACAAGAGUUUCGAUUUAAGGUUCGACUUGACUUCCAAUUUAAACUUUCGCAAAAUGUGACUUAUCGUCAAAUGAUUCACUAAAACGUAACUAGUUGGGAUAUAUUUCGAUUCUGUGGGAAAAUCUUUAAGAUUAGUGCGGCCUGGAAUAGGGCUAAUUCCGGUAUUGAGGACCACUAUCGGAUUUCAAUACCGACAUUGGAAGUCCUAUUUUUAAGAGAUGAUCAAUUCUAUUAACUAUUACCCAAUUAAAAUAAGGUUUAUGGGGCAUACAUCAUAUGUACAUAUUGACCCUUUAAACGCAACGCCUAUCGUGCGCGGCGCGUCAUCGUGAACCUAGUCGGUAUGCACGAAGGCUGAUAUCGGGCUGUGGCCGCGCGGUUGAC